CAAGACUCCGCCCCUUAGCCCCCGCCCCCAGCUGCCAGUCCCCAGCAGCUCAGUCCUGCAGUGAGUCUUGGGAGCCCAUAGCUAAGCACCAGGAGCUGAGCACUGCCCGCUGUGCCUACCUGCAAGUCUCCGACAUGGCUCAGGAGAAAAUGGAGCUGGACUUUGUGCCUGGUACAUCUCAUGGGGGCACCCUGAGGAGAUCCAACAGUGCUCCCCUGAUCCAUGGGCUCAGUGACCUUUCACAGGUUUUUCAGCCUUACACAUUUAGAACUCGGAGGAAUAGCACAACAAUUAUGAGUCGUCACAGUUUGGUAAGUAUCAAAUUGCUGUCAUCUUCACCUAAUCGUAUUCCUAGUAGCAGACUGCUUCAAAUCAAAAGGGAAGAAGGCCUGGAUAUGAUGAAUAGAGAAACUGCACAUGAGAGGGAAGUGCAAACUGCAAUGCAGAUAAGCCAAUCAUGGGAUGAGAGCUUGAGUCUGAGUGAUAGUGAUUUUGACAAGUCGGAGAAAUUAUAUUCUCCUAAGAGGAUUGACUUUACUCCAGUUUCUCCAGCACCUUCACCCACCCGAGGAUUUGGAAAGCAAUGCUUUUCACCAUCCCUACAAAUGUUUGUGAGUAGCAGUGGGUUGCCACCAAGUCCUGUUCCUAAUCCAAGACGGUUUUCCAGCAGGAGGAGUCAGAGUCCAGUCAAGUGCAUUAGGCCCAGUGUUCUUGGUCCUCUUAAAAGAAAAGGUGAGAUGGAAACAGAAAGCCAGCCCAAGAGAUUCUUCCAGGGCACAACCAACAUGCUGUCUCCGGAUGCUGCACAGCUGUCUGAUCUCAGUUCAUGGUGGUGUUAUCAAGGAGAAGAAAUUCCUGCCUUGACCAGAUGUGUGGAGCAUCUACAAAUGAAUGAAUAAUGUAUUUGCAUACAAAGCAAGUGGUCCUUGGAGCUGUCAGUGUCUCCGGUGGUAUUAUGAGGCCUUAGGUGCCUUGGGGUACAUUGUCGUGCUGUAAGGGAUGUAUAUCCUAAGGUAGUGUGGAAAAAGGAGGCUUUAUGUGUGUGAUAGCCACAUACUAUUUCAGUUGCUGCUUUUUUCUGAUUUCUUUGUGUCAUUGGAUUUGUUUGUUUUGUCAUGUGGUGACUGGUGUUUUGGCUAUUGUGUUGCUGCCAGAGUCGGAAUCCAGUUUGUGUACAUACUGCCUUAUAGUAAAGGCAGUUAAAUCUCUAUGAGAAAGCUUUUAGGAGCUGAAAAAGUCAAUGUUAUCGUGUAUUCUGCUUUUAAGAAGCUGUUUGAGCUAUAAAAACUGUACCUACUAGUAAGUGCGAGGUACCAUGUUAUUUAAUUUUUACAAAAGGAAAUGUGUGGCUGAGCUAUUUAGGAAAUCUGAGUGUACUCUCUUGUUAUGUUAUUUAUGAAUUAUACCAUGUAAAAUGUCGUGUUCUUUUCAUCUUCAGACAUUGUGGUUGGAUUGUCUCUGUCUAAUAUGCACAUUGCCUGCUAGGAUCAUGCUAUUCCAUUUUUUAAAUGAAUGUAAGAAACAAAAACUACUGCACUUGUGUCUUUUGAAGGCAAAGAUCCUUGGAUUUUAAAGGAAGAUGGUGUGCUUUGAAGGCACCCCCAGACUAGCAAUAGCAGAUUGCUAUCGAAGGGAAACCUGUUUUCUUCCAAUUAUUAGAGAACUUCACUUAGCUUGCAGUAGUUCUAUUAAAGAAUUAGAUGUGUCCUUUAUUUUAAAUUGUAAUCACUGCCAUCACAGCCACUAAGAGCUUUUGUUCCUGUGUUGCUUUCGCCUAUGCAAAGGCCAAAAACCCUUCGAAACUAAUGCCACUGUCCCCUUGUGUGCCAUCUUAAAGACAAAUCUCUUUGAUGGUACUCGGUAUAUCUAUUCUGUUUGUAAAAGAACCAUGUUAAGAUGUUUUUGCUCCUAUAAUGAUAAUGGUUUUGUCUUUCAGGAGAUUUGUCCACCUUCACUCUACUGUCUUCUUUGCCUUAAAGGGACACUCUUGGGUUCAAAUGUAGGAAUGUUAGGAGAGAACCUUUGAAAUGUGAUGAUAUUUAAAUAUAUUUUUUGAAAUCCAGUGGUGGGCUAGAGCAGGAAAUUGAAAUUAUUCCAGUGGUAUGAGAACUGAGAGGCAAGAUGAUUCACUUUAAGGUUCAUUUUCAGUUUUUAUUCUUUAAAUGGACUGAAACGUUAGGUUUGUGCAGGGAUUGUUUUGAAAUUAAUAAAAGACAGACAUAUGCUAGCCCACAGAUGAGCUUUCUUGACAGUACCCCUUUAUUUUUAUAUAAAGUCUAAUAUUUGAAAAGUGGUUAUUGUUAUAAAGUAAAAUUCCCUCUUCCUAUUCUAAUACUAUAUCAUAUAUUUCAAGCUUCUAUUUGAAAACAAGUACAAGAAGUCGUAAGAUAAUCCUACAGAUACUGUUUGACUUAUAAUCACUGUUUCAUGACAACUGCUUUUGGAAUAAUAGAAUAAUAAUAGAAAGUUUUGUGAAAUGCUGGCCUUGCAUAUAUCUUAGAAUGCAAAUUUAAUAAAGUGUGUACAUGCAUAAAAUAUAGUGUUUUAAAAGUC